UUUAAUCUCCAUAGUUUUUUAAAUUUAAUACAAUUAUCACAGUUUUGAUAUGAACCAUUUCCAAAAGUGCAGAACUGUGCUGAAAGAGUUAUAUGACAACCAAGAACUAGUGAAUUGCACUAUAUUAACUGAAGAUGGUGGAGUGUUUAAAGUUCACAUUGAAAUCCUUGCUGGCAUAAGUCCAUAUUUCAAAAGGAUAGUUACUAAUUCAAGAGAUACCCCAUGGGAUAAUAUUUAUCUUCCAAAUGUGUCUAAGGAAAUUAUGGCCAACAUCAUCAAUUAUAUAUAUACAGGAGAUUUAUGUCUGGCAUUGGACAAAGUAAAUGCAUUGUGCAGAGCAGCGGAAAUGCUGCAGAUGCCAAGUAUCAUUCAACUGUGUAAAACAUUUCUUCUCAUGAAACUUAACAACGAAACCUGUGUUAGCAUAUACAUGUUUGCGAAAUAUUUUCAGUACGAAGAUCUGAAAGACAAGGCUAGAUCGUACAUAAUGGCCCAUUUUCAAGAGAUAUUUCCCACAAGUGCUGAUUUCCUGAAUCUCGAAGCGGACGAUUUGGUGACCAUCCUAAGCUCGGAUAACUUAAAUGUGAAGAGUGAACACUUAGUAUUUUCGGCUGUGAACAGAUGGGUAGAUUCAGAACCACAAAUGAGAGCUGUUUAUCUUCCUAGUCUUUUGCGUUGCAUACGGCUAGCACUAUUAGAUUAUCAAUUUUACGAGACGAAUAUCUGGUCCAAUCCACAUAUCUCAACAAAUGAAGAAUGUCAAAGUAUUCUUUAUCAGGCAUCGCAGGUGUUUGCAGAAAUGAACAAUGGAGAUCCAAGACAGUCCUUGUUUGACUUACAUCAUCCUUUCCUCCGUCCAAGGAUACCUUAUGAGAUCAUUUUUGUUAUGGGAGGCUGGAGUGCAGGCAGCGCCACCAAUAUCAUGGAAACACUUGACGUCAAGAGUGAAAGAUGGUACCUGGCUUUGAUUGCAGAUUCCGUUCCAAGGGCAUAUCAUGGUAUGCUUUGGCAUCAAAGUAAAAUAUAUGUUAUUGGGGGCUUUGAUGGCAAUCAGUGCUUCAACAGUGUUCGUCGUUUUGAUCCAGUGACUCACAUCUGGGAGGAGCGCGGCUGCAUGCAUGUACAAAGGUGUUAUGUGAGUGUUGCCAAAGUCGACGAUUAUAUCUACGCGAUGGGAGGUUACGAUGGCCAUCGUCGUAAUAAAUCCUGCGAAAGAUACAAUCCGGAGAGCAAUCAGUGGUCUUACAUCAGCAACAUGAAUCAUAUAAGGAGCGAUGCCAGUGCAGAUUCUCUUGACGGUAAAAUAUACAUAGCUGGUGGCUUUAACGGUUCUCAAGUCCUGGAAAGUGCAGAAUGCUACGAUCCGGAGACGGACGAAUGGACAUUGAUCACUACUAUGAAUUCGCCUCGGAGUGGAGUUAAAUUGGUUGCCUACUGCGAUGUUUUGUAUGUCAUUGGAGGAUUCAACGGAAAUAACCGACUGGCUACUGUUGAGAAAUACGAUCUUCGGGCUAAAAUGUGGUUUCCCGUGGCAUCCAUGAAUGGGCCGAGAAGUAAUUUUGCUACUGCUGUUAUCAAUGGUCAUCUCUAUGUCAUCGGUGGUUUCAAUGGAUUAUCAACAAUAUCAACGGUUGAAUAUUAUGACUGUCAGACGAAUAAUUGGGAGAAUGCCCCAGACCUGAACUUAAAUAGAAGUGCCUUAGCUGCCUGUUCUGUUUCUGGAAUUUCUACAGCAAGCGAAUAUUCUUUCCAUGGUAACGUCCCACAACCGUAAAUCUUCUGGAUCAACUGAAAGAAACAUUCCGUAUUUGUCCAUUCCUCCAAUCUCCUCUGUGUCUACGAAAGAAGUAACAAUAAUUGCUAUUGUAGAAUUAAAAUGAAAUAAUA